AUGGCCCAAACACCAAAACACGAAAUCCUUUUCUCUGUUCCGUUUUCUAGCCUCGCGAAACCACUUCCGUCCUUGGAGAAGAUAGAGAAGUCUUCGCUCGUCGUCAAAUUUGGUGUGGGUGACGACCCAAUUGAAGGAGAGACCCUCCUGUUCGUACGGGAAAACUCCAACGUGGCUGUUCCCCAACUCUUCGCCAUCUAUCAGAAGGAGUGGGAAGACACCAAGAUCACGUAUAUCGUGAUGGAGAACAUUAGCGGAAGAACUCUCAUUUCGCUAUGGGACGGUCUGAGCGGCUUCGAUACCUUGCGGCAGCUACCCUCUCCAGGUUAUUUUGGGAGUGUUGAGCGACGGAAACCCCUAGAUGGAAUGUUCUGGACAGACGAAGACCUCACAGCCAUCAACGGUCCCUUCAGUACUGAAGACGAGCUGAUUGAGGCCAUGCUCAAGAGAUAUAUCCGCGACUGUGGGGACCGCGUGCGCCACAGAGCUGAAUACUAUCGUCGCGUCCUUCCGCAGGUUCUGCAAGGAAAUGGCACGGCAGUAUUCACGCACAACGACCUCCAGCGGAAAAACAUCAUUAUCAGGCCCAACGGAGAGACCGUUAUUGUGGACUGGGCGGCUUCAGGGUGGUAUCCAGUGUACUGGGAGUAUGCCACGGCUAUGUUUACCUUCGAGGCCAAGAAGGAUGACUGGCACAUCUACGUGGGGAAGAUCUUGGAUGAGUUUCCAAAUCAUUAUAUAUGGAUAGACACAUUGCGGGUAGAGAUGUGGGGAUAA